AUGGAGAAACAAACUUACACGAGGGAGGAGUUCCUCCUCCAACAACAAUACUACAUGUACAGCAAGCGACGAGUAAUCUUGUUCUCGGUUGCUCUCACCUUGACGGUCGUCCUUCUUGUCGUCUUAAUCUACAGCGCCCUCGAAACCCGUAUCAAAAGACAUCGAGUCAGUAAUACCACUGGCGGACAGCUCUACCAACUCGAACAUCGUAACCUGUACAUACGACAGAAUGGGACGCUAGCAAGAUUGGUUCCGGAAUCUGAAAUAGGCACUUUGAGUAGAAGGUGGAGCUGGUGGUCGAAGAGACGGAGCAUAAACUCGGUGGUUCUGCAGGAGGAGGGCAUUGCUCCGAUCCAGAGACAGGAGGAGGGGCGAUGA